CCCUGGCCUCCUCUGUCUCUCUCUACAGGGUGACACCAGACACAGUGAACGAUGCGUGAAUACAAGUUAGUCGUCCUGGGCUCUGGAGGCGUAGGCAAGUCUGCUCUGACUGUACAGUUUGUUCAGGGGAUUUUCGUGGAGAAAUAUGACCCGACAAUAGAAGACUCUUACAGAAAACAAGUGGAGGUGGACGGGCAGCAGUGUAUGCUGGAAAUUCUGGACACUGCAGGGACGGAACAAUUCACAGCCAUGAGAGAUCUGUACAUGAAGAAUGGCCAGGGCUUUGCGUUAGUGUACUCCAUCACAGCCCAGUCCACCUUCAACGAUCUGCAAGACCUACGAGAACAGAUCCUCCGAGUCAAAGACACUGACGAUGUUCCGAUGAUUCUGGUGGGUAAUAAAUGUGAUCUGGAGGAUGAGCGUGUUGUGGGGAAGGAACAGGGACAGAACCUGGCCAGACAGUGGAGCAGCUGUGCUUUCCUGGAGUCCUCUGCAAAGUCCAAGAUCAACGUCAACGAGAUCUUCUAUGACCUGGUCAGGCAAAUCAACAGGAAAACCCCAGUACCUGGGAAGACACGCAAAAAGUCCAACUGUCAGCUCCUCUAAUACACAGCUGCUCUGUCGCACUGAGCCAGGUCUGAUUUGCUGCUGUCUCUCUCAGCAGUGCCAGCAUUCCGACGUUACUAAAACCUAACAUGGAAUGGAUUUUCCUGUGUGGUGACGCCCCUUUAACAUCAACAACCAACAAACAAACCGACCAACGGAUUCAAAGCUACAAUACAUCAGUUUUUACACACAGAUUAACCAUUAUCACUCUCCAGUGUCACGAGAACAAGAUUUCUACUUAGAAAUAUAGAUAUUCCAACUGUAUCAAACUGAAAUGGAAAAAUGAAAUGGGUAAAUAGGUAAAUAGGUAAAUCAGUCAAUAUGAACCAAAAUAAAAUCCCAAUCCCCCAACACACAGUGUUAUUGCUAACGGAGACAGUAGCCGUAGAAACGGAUGUCUAACCAGAAUGUGCACGUUGCCACGGUGAUGCGGUAUUUAUUAAGCACCUCUAUAUUAGCCAGAGAGAAAAAGACCCAAAGUCCCAAAGAGGCACCUAAUAUAGUUCAGUUCAUACAGAUAAACUUGCUCCUGGGGGUUUAUUUUCUAACUUGUUUUAUUUUCCUUCGAUCAUUCAACAUAAUUUCUCUGUCUUUUU